UUACAUCCAGAUUCAUAGACCACCUAGCGACCUUAAUCUGAAAUAACAUCCUGUACUAUUUCAAAAGGCACAGAAAUUCUUCAUAUUCACCAAUCUCUGUCAUUUGUUGUCAAACUAAUUAUCAACAUGCAUCUCUCGAUAGUUUUAUACUUCCUCCGUUCCUAAAUAUAAGUCCUUUUAGAGAAUGGUAUCUUCGCGAUAUUAAUAUAUUUCUUUUAUCGAAAAGUUUUUUUAGAGAUUCCACUAUAGAGGUUACAUUCGCAUUUAUAUGUACUAAUAAAUAAUGUGUCUGCAGGCUGACACACCCUUGGCACAAACUUCUCCACGCCCUACCCGGAAACUGAGAGAAUGAGUCUGCGAUUCAGCCACCGUCCUGCGGCGACGCAGCCUAUUGUACUCAAUGAACAAGCCAUUGUUGACAACCUUACUGAAGAUAACAUGAAAAUGACGUGGGCUAGCAGAAGGACAUGGGAGGACGAACAUCUCUACUUAGUCCAUGGUCAGGGUACUGCUGCAGGCAACACUCCCCCGUGCACGUUGGCCGUCAAGAAGUUCCAGAGCAUUAACCAAGCGCUGCAAGUAGACAACAAUGCCAAGUACCGCUACAAUUCGGAGAUGUUCCUGUUAGCUAGCAAUUCUCAUGAUAACAUCAUCAAAGUCGUAGGCCUCAUCCAGAGGGAAGACACAAUCAUGCUCGUUUACGAGUAUCCGGUGAACGGCAGCCUUCAGUCCUGGCUGAGCCAACCAAUGGAUGCUGGUCAGCCACUGAGCUGGCCGCAGAGGAGGUUCAUUGCCAUUGGUGUGGCCAACGGGCUCUGCCACUUGCACCACAGAUGCAAAAGGCCGAUUAUCCACCACAACAUCAACUCCAACAACAUCUUGCUUGAUCACAAUUUCAAGCCUGUGAUAGCCGGUUUUGACGCUGCACAGAUGAACAUGGCCGGGCUCGACCAACCGUUGCCAAUUGCGGGCCUGCCUCUUGGUAACUUUGGGUACGCAGCUCCAGAAUAUGGGGUCGCAGCAAGCGAGCUGACGGAGAAGGUCGACACAUACAGCUUUGGGGUGCUCAUGCUGGAGCUCGUCACGGGGCGAAUGGCCAAUGAAGCUGGAGCGGAUGGUCAUUUGGCGACUUGGGCGCGGAAGAACUUCACUGAGCUGAUGGCAAACCAACAGGAAAUGUUCCAGAGUGUCGUGGACGCGGACAUCCCAGAUCAAGCGCGGUACAUGAAGGAGAUGGCAACUGUGUUUAGGCUGGGUGUUGAUUUCACCGUUGUUGAUCCACAGAAAAGGCCGUCCAUGCGAAUGGCUCUCAAACGACUCUGCCGCGGCUGUGGGCGUGGCCCAUUCCGUGGCCUCCUCGCCUGCUAUCUGAUGUGAUGCUUGUUGUCUUUUCUAGACGUCACGAAUGAAUGGUCCAUAUGAUGACUCGGUUGAAUAAAUUUGUAGAUACAUCUCAAGUACAAGUAAUGACGUGGACUGUCCUGCCUUUUUCUGAGAACAUUUUGCUGUCCAGUUGUGUUCACCUCUGCAAAAUUCUGCUGCUUGUUUUCCUUCUCUGUGUGCAAACACUU